UGACUUGUGAGUUGACAUCAUAACUCUUCCUUCUCCGCUCCGCGUUCCGCCUACAUUGCUGACAAAGACUUAUUCUCAUUUCCACAUUACCCGAACUUCACCUGCAAAGAAAAUUAAAUAAAUAAAACUUAAUCGCAGAGAGAUGGAAGUAAGACGAAUUCAAUGCCAAACGCAAUCCAAAAUAAACGCUGAAACAACUUUUCUGCGUUUCUGGUCAAUCUUGCGGUGGCGUCUGCGCAGUUGGAAAUUCCUAACACAUUUCGGUUUCCUAAUUUUUAUAUUGUGGCUUAAAUUUUGCUAAUUCUUCAUCGCUUUACGCGGCAUGAGCUUUUGAACGGUUCUGUUUUCAGUUUUUCAUGAUCUUUAUUAUAGCCUGAUAGGUGAAUAGACGGAAGAGUUUAUUGGGCAGAGGAAUGGGGGCAGUUUGCGCGGGAGCGGCGACGGCUAAGAAUAAAGCAGAGGGGCGCCAUGAAAGCGUUUCUCGAGGUUCGGAAAAGGUCGAGCCAUCCGUGGGAACAUCUGGGCAGAAUAAUAAGGACAUUGACUAUUGUGAAUAUCCCAGAACAGUUGCUAACAAGGAGAUGAUGCACAACCUAUAUGAUUCUGGUGAAUUGCUAACCGUUGCUAGGGAGUUGAAGCCCUCAACGCCUUGCAGGACAGCAGCUACAAACAAGGCACCUCAAGUAAGCUCAUUUCUUGGAAAAGCUGGCGUAGUUGGUUUUGAAAAGGCAGUUGAGGUUCUAGACACUUUAGGAAGUAGUGUGACAAAUUUAAACUACAGUGGGUUUAUUCCUGGCACGAGGUCAAGAGGGAACAGAAUAUUAAUACUGGCUUUUGAGGUUGCAAAUACCAUCACCAGAGGAGCUAGCUUAUCACAAUCUCUAUCAGAAGAAAGUAUCCGUUAUUUAAAGGAUGAUAUUCUACAUUCAAAGGCAGUGCAAGAGUUGGUCUCUACUGAUAUGAAAGAGUUGCUGACUAUAGCUGCUGCAGACAAAAGGGAGGAAUUUGAUAUCUUCUCUCAGGAAGUAGUAAGGUUUGGAAACAUGUGUAAAGAUCCACAAUGGCACAACCUCGACCGUUACUUCUCACAGUUGGAUUCUGACCAUAUAAAUAAGAAGCAACUCAGUGAAAAGGCUGAAAUGACGAUGCAAGAGUUGGUCAUACUCGCACAACAUACUUCAGAACUGUAUCAUGAGUUGCAUGCUUUGGCUAGAUUUGAACAGGAUUAUAGGAGGCAAAUUGAUGAAUUAGUGUCAUUAAACCUACCUUGCAAAGGGGAAGGCCUUGAAAUGUUGCACAGUGAGUUAAAACAGCAAAGGAAAACUGUGAGGAGUUUGAAAAAAAAAUCUCUUUGGUCUAAAGGUCUGGAAGAGCUUGUGGAGAAGCUUGUUGACAUUGUUACCUUUCUUCAUCAUGAGAUUAUAAAUGCAUUUGGAGAGAGUGGAUUAAUUCACGUGUGCAAGGGGAAUUCAAAGAGAUCACAAAGUUUAGGAGCAGCUGGUUUGGCUUUGCACUAUGCUAACCUCAUCACUAAAAUAGAUAACAUUGCUUCAUGCCCCAUGCCUCUCCCCUCGAACAUGAGGGAUACAUUGUAUAAUGGGUUGCCAUCAUCGGUAAAGGCAUCACUUCGUUCUCAGCUACAGUCACAUGGUGAUACAAAGGAAGAGCUCACUAUUCCUCAAAUUAGGGCCAAAAUGGAAAAAAUUCUCACAUGGCUUCUUCCAGUAGCUACUGAUACUACAAAAUCACAUCAAGGUUUCGGAUGGGUCGGAGAAUGGGCUAACACCUGGAGUACGUGUGGGAAGAAAGAGAACUCACAAAUAAGUAACCUAAUCCGACUGCAGACACUCUACCACGCAGACAAAAGCAAAAUGGAUGCAUAUAUUCUUGAACUAGUGACGUGGUUACACUGGCUGGUUUAUCUCGUUAGACUUGACGGAUCCACUCGGGCUUUUGUGAUAGGAAGAUCAGCAGUUCAUAAAAGACAAGUUCUGCAAACUUCAAAACCCCCUAACAACAGCAGCAUGAUGGUGCAAAAGGUACAAAUUUCUGAAGAAGAUAAGAGAUUGUUGGAAGGAGUGAUGGAAAGCAGGAAGCUUGGUAUUCCCGUAUUAAGCAAAAGCCAAGAACUUGUACCAACACUUAACAACAGUUAUGGAAAGAAUGAGGAGGUUUAGGGGGCAUAAUAAUAAAACAUCAGGAGCGCGUUUCGUGACACUAUUUUUGGCUUAUCAUGUUUAUCGGCCAAUUGUUUCACCAAGCACGAAACUUUUGAUUUCGUGCGCUGAAUUGUGUAAUAAUAAGAAAAAGUAAGGUUGAUGUUACUUUUCUGGAAGUAUUGACUGAAAUUACUGUAGACGAUCAUUUUAACUAUUUUUCACAUAUUUUUAUUUAAUUUAUUAAUAAAAAUAUUUUAAAUACUA